CUCCGCCUUCAAAACACUCACCGGCCUCUCACAUCAAAUUAGGUUUCGAGACAAAUCGGAGUCGAGUUGAAACUGUCAUUCAUCAUCAUGUCUGACGAGGAACACCACUUUGAGUCAAAAGCCGAUGCCGGAGCUUCAAAGACUUAUCCUCAACAAGCCGGAACCAUCCGCAAAAAUGGUUACAUCGUUAUCAAAAAUCGUCCCUGCAAGGUUGUUGAGGUUUCAACUUCAAAGACCGGUAAGCAUGGACAUGCUAAGUGCCACUUUGUUGCAAUUGAUAUUUUCACUUCUAAAAAGCUUGAAGAUAUUGUGCCCUCUUCGCACAAUUGCGAUGUUCCCCAUGUGAAUCGUACCGACUACCAAUUGAUCGAUAUUUCUGAGGAUGGAUUUGUGAGUCUGCUUACCGAAAAUGGUAACACCAAGGAUGACCUGAAGCUUCCUACUGAUGACAAUCUGCUUACUCAGAUCAAGGAAGGUUUUGCUGAGGGUAAGGACCUUGUUGUGUCUGUGAUGUCUUCAAUGGGUGAGGAGCAGAUUAAUGCUCUGAAAGAUAUUGGUCCAAAGAAUUAGCUUCAACUACCCAUUUGUUGCUUCUAUUUAACUAAAUCAUAUUUUUGUAUUGUGUUAUUGUUCAACCCUUUGGUUAUGGACACUGGUCAGACUAGUCUUACCAACUGUGUUUAUGGAUGUGACACAAACUCUCUAGCAUUUUUCUGUUUCCAUGCUGUUCUGAGUUUUUCUUAUAAAAAUUACAAGUUUGUUAAAUUAUUUUUGUUUUGCUGUAUUAUGCAUUUAUUCUAGAGAUAUUCUGUGUGCAUCAACUACAAAACAUUUGAAUUAAUGUGCAUGUAGGAAAAUAGUAAUAAUUCCUACUUUCCUACUAGGAUUAUACUAGAGUUAGAAAUUAGGAUUUUGUAAGCUGUGUUACUGAAUAUUUGUAGCUUCUAGUGCUAUUUGGAA